AUGGAGGCAGAGGGCAGCAGCGUGCCGGCCCGGGUGGGCAGCGGCGAGGGCAGCGACGGCAACGGCGGCGGGGCCACACUCAAAGCCCCCAAGCACCUCUGGAGGCACGAGCAGCACCACCAGUACCCGCUUCGGCAGCCCCAGUUCCGCCUUUUGCAUCCCCACCACCACCUGCCCCCGCCGCCGCCGCCCUCACCCCAGCCCCAGCCCCAGCCCCAGUGCCCGCAGCAGCCGCCGCCGCCACCCCCCCUACCGCCACCCCCGCCGCCGCCCGGGGCUGCCCGCGGCCGCUACGCCUCGAGCGGGGCCAGCGGCCGCGUCCGGCAUCGCGGCUACUCGGAUACCGAGCGCUACCUGUACUGCCGCGCGAUGGACCGCACCUCCUACGCGGUGGAGACUGGCCACCGGCCUGGCCUGAAGAAAUCCAGGAUGUCCUGGCCCUCGUCGUUCCAGGGACUCAGGCGUUUUGAUGUGGACAAUGGCACAUCUGCGGGACGGAGUCCCUUGGAUCCCAUGACCAGCCCAGGGUCUGGGCUAAUUCUCCAAGCAAACUUUGUCCACAGUCAACCGGAGUCCUUCCUAUAUCGAUCCGACAGCGAUUAUGACCUCUCUCCAAAGUCUAUGUCCCGGAACUCCUCCAUUGCCAGUGAUAUACAUGGAGAUGACUUGAUUGUGACUCCAUUUGCUCAGGUCUUAGCCAGCCUGCGAACUGUACGAAACAAUUUUGCUGCAUUAACUAAUUUGCAAGAUCGAGCACCUAGCAAAAGAUCACCAAUGUGCAACCAACCAUCCAUCAACAAAGCCACCAUAACAGAGGAGGCCUACCAGAAACUGGCCAGCGAGACCCUGGAGGAACUGGAUUGGUGUCUGGACCAGCUAGAGACCUUGCAGACCAGGCACUCCGUCAGUGAGAUGGCCUCCAACAAGUUUAAAAGAAUGCUUAAUCGGGAGCUCACCCAUCUCUCUGAAAUGAGUCGGUCUGGAAACCAAGUGUCGGAGUAUAUAUCAAACACAUUCUUAGAUAAGCAACAUGAAGUGGAAAUUCCUUCUCCAACUCAGAAGGAAAAGGAGAAAAAGAAAAGACCAAUGUCUCAGAUCAGUGGAGUCAAGAAAUUGAUGCAUAGUUCUAGUCUGACUAAUUCAAGUAUCCCAAGGUUUGGAGUUAAAACAGAACAAGAAGAUGUUCUGGCCAAGGAACUAGAAGAUGUGAACAAAUGGGGUCUUCAUGUUUUCAGAAUAGCUGAGUUGUCUGGUAACCGGCCUCUGACUGUUAUCAUGCACACCAUUUUUCAGGAACGGGAUUUGUUAAAAACAUUUAAAAUUCCAGUAGACACUCUAAUUACAUACCUUAUGACCCUCGAAGACCAUUACCAUGCUGAUGUGGCCUAUCACAACAACAUCCAUGCUGCAGAUGUUGUCCAGUCCACUCAUGUGCUACUGUCCACACCUGCUUUGGAGGCUGUGUUUACAGAUUUGGAGAUUCUUGCAGCAAUUUUUGCUAGUGCAAUACAUGAUGUAGAUCAUCCUGGUGUGUCAAAUCAAUUUCUGAUCAAUACAAACUCUGAACUUGCUUUGAUGUAUAACGACUCCUCUGUCUUAGAGAACCAUCAUUUGGCCGUGGGCUUUAAGUUGCUUCAGGAAGAAAACUGUGACAUUUUCCAGAAUUUGACCAAAAAGCAAAGACAAUCUUUAAGGAAAAUGGUCAUUGACAUUGUACUUGCAACAGACAUGUCAAAGCACAUGAAUCUACUGGCUGAUUUGAAAACUAUGGUUGAAACUAAGAAAGUGACAAGUUCUGGGGUUCUUCUCCUUGAUAAUUAUUCUGAUAGGAUUCAGGUCCUUCAGAAUAUGGUGCACUGUGCAGACCUGAGCAACCCAACGAAGCCUCUCCAGCUGUACCGCCAGUGGACAGACCGGAUAAUGGAGGAGUUUUUCCGCCAAGGAGACCGAGAGAGGGAGCGUGGCAUGGAGAUAAGUCCCAUGUGUGACAAGCACAAUGCAUCUGUAGAAAAAUCACAGGUGGGCUUCAUAGACUACAUUGUUCAUCCUCUCUGGGAGACCUGGGCAGACCUGGUACAUCCUGAUGCCCAGGACAUUUUGGACACUUUGGAGGACAAUCGUGAAUGGUACCAGAGCACAAUCCCUCAGAGCCCCUCUCCUGCACCUGAUGACCAAGAGGAGGGCCGGCAGGGUCAAACUGAGAAAUUCCAGUUUGAACUAACUUUAGAGGAAGAUGGUGAGUCGGACACCGAGAAGGACAGUGGAAGUCAAGUGGAAGAAGACACUAGCUGCAGUGACUCCAAGACUCUGUGUACUCAAGACUCAGAGUCUACUGAAAUUCCCCUUGAUGAACAGGUGGAAGAGGAGGCAGUGGGGGAAGAAGAAAGCCAGCCGGAAGCUCCUGUCAUAGAUGAUUAUUCUCCUGAUACGUAACAGUGCAGAGACUGUCACGCCUUUUUUUUUUUUUUUUUAAAUAGAAAAAUUGUUUCCAAAGUGCAUGUCACAUGCCACAACCAUGGUCACACCUCACUCUCAUCUGCCAGGACGUUUGUUGAACAAAACUGACCUUGACUACUCAGUCUCGCGCUCAGGAAUAUCGUAACCAGUUUCUUCACCUCCAUGUCAUCAGAGCAAGGGGGACAUCUUUGAGAACAGCAUUUUAACAAGAUCUCAGCUUGGGAGAGCUGACAAAGCAGAUAAAAUUAACUCCAAAAUGUUUUCAAGGGAGUGUGGCUCAUCAGGCAGCCCAAAGUGGAUUGGAUUUGGGGUUUCUUUUAUUUGUUUGCAAUAUUUUUUGGAAGAAAGAAGGCAUUGCACGGACAGAGUGAACUUAGUGGAUGAAGCAACAAAAAUGUCACAAAUAGGACACAGCAUGAAUCUGUUCCCAGGAGGAGGAUGAGCCACAGAAAUUGCAUAAUUUUCUAAUUUCAAGUCUUCCUGAUACAUGACUGAAUAGUGUGGUUCAGUGAGCUGCACUCACCUCUACAUUUUGUAUGAUAUGUAAAACAGAUUUUUUGUAGAGCUUACUUUUAUUAUUAAAUGUAUUGAGGUAUUAUAUUUAAAAAACUAUGUUCAGAACUUCAUCUGCCACUGGUUAUUAUUUUUUUCUAAGAAGUAACUUGCAAGUUUUCAGUACAAAUCUGUGCUACACUGGAUAAAUCUAAUUUACAAAUUUUACUUGCACCUUAGAGUUCAUAGCAAUUAACUGAUUUGUAGUGAUUCAUUGUUUUAUAUACCAACAACUUCCAUAUUUUAAAACAGAAAAACAAUUUUAUGUUGCUGGAAACCCUUUUUGUAAGUCUUCGUUUACUUUGCUUUUUAUCUUACUCUUUCUGGAUAAGCAGAGUUGCUCUCCAGUGUUUUUCUUCACAGUGUACAAAGUGAAUAUUUGUUCUGUAAUACUUUGGUGUGCGUUAUAUCAAAUGUGUCUUAAGCCUCAUAGAAACUCAAUCAUCAGUUGGUGUUGUCUGAAGCAAAUGGGAGAUAUAUAAACACCCAGUAGCUAAAAUGGUCAGUCUUUUUUAGAUAUUUUCCUACUUAGUGUCUUCUGAUGACUUUUUGCUGUGUCAAGAGACAUGCAUUUCAUAACUGCAUGUCCUUAUAAUAACCCACACAUUUCAUGCUCAUUUUUAUUAUCAUGUUAUAGCCACUUAUAGUAAGAAAAAUGUUUCCCCCUUGUGCUGCUUUAUUAUUUAAUGUGUGUUUGAACUUCUGUCCAUGUUCACUAGAUGUGGUCUUACCAAAUCUAUCACCACCAUUCUGAUGGAUGAAAGGAAACAGGUAGUCAAGUUAGGGUUAGCACUUAUUUCUAUCAUUAGGUUGUAUGUCAUGACUAACUUUUACUCUGGGGUUACAGAGAAAAGUUUACAGCUAACUACACAGAUGUUAAGAAUAUUAACCGAAUAUAUUACCAAACACCAUUACAACUAGUUCUCUUUUGCUUCUGUGAUUUCACCGUGGGAUUAAGAACUACAUGAGGAGUAUCCCUGAGCAGUGGUCUUAAGGCGUAGCAGCUGCUUUUUCUUAAUGGAUAUCUGUGUAAUGUUUAGGCACUGCUUUACCAGUUAUCAUUGAUCCAUAACCAUCUCUUUCUUUAAACACAUUUAGGGAUAAGCAGUUGGUGAAGCUAUUAGCACCAGAGGGUUGUUAAUAAGAUACAUUCUAAAAUAUUGGAUUGGUAAAAAGAGUCUGCUUAAAUAAAAAAUCAGAGAUCACUCUCAGCUGAUUUCAGCACCUGGAACUAUAUGGGAAUUUUAGAGAUUAAUUCCCAGUGUCUACUGCUGAUCGCAGCUUAAAUUGUUGGGUGUCUAUUUAGUCGACUUUUUUCUGAAGUCAGUCCUUGAUAAAGGACUUUUCUGUGAAGAGUUUGGAGUUCACAUAACCACCUUUCUCAUUGAUAUCCAAGAAUUAAGAUAGAUACUGAAGGAGAGAUAUCUGACUAAAUAGAAAAUACACGAAACAUUAAGAAAAAUAACAACCCUAAACACACUCACAUUUGGAACUUCUCAUGGGCCAUCUGGGGACUGUGAAACAAAGUUAUCAGCUAGGAAAUGAUCCACGCUGAAGAGAGUCCCUGUGAUAAUCUCCUGAGGUCCAAAUGAUGCUUACAGCCUUUGAUAGAAAAAGUAUGUCUCUGAUCAUUUGGAUGGGACAGAAUAGGAAUCAGUUUCCAUUCUUUUGCCCUUGUAAAGAAAGACAGCAAUCUUGCAAAAAGACCUCUGUGUUUGACCAAGUAGUUUCACAGGAACUUUUGGGAACUUACUUCUGUUUUAAUUUUGUUUGUCCCUGUGAGAGGCCUAGAAGGAAAAGCAGAGAGUCCAGGCUUUAUUUCUCUUUCCAAAUCAUUCUCACUCCCUCCUUCCCCUCCCUUCACUUGGCAAUUCCCCCAAAGAGUGCCUGGAAUCUCAAUAAUGAAAAAUAAAAUUUAAACAGCAAUAUGUCAAAAAAUUCAGACCUGAAAGAGUUUAUAACUGCACUAAUAAAGCCCCCCCCCCCCCGUUUGUUGGGUUUUAAUGGUCCCAUGUUGUAAAGAUAUCCACCAAUGGACAAAUUGUAGUAAAGGCAUAAUAUCCAAGAGUUAGGGACUAAUGCACUGUACAAUCUGCUUGUCUUCUCUUCUCCCUCUCUCACUCCCUCCUGUCUGCCCCACCCCUCAGUCUCUCUCGCCAAAGUGUGCUUCAGAAAUACACACUGCUUUAAAAAGAAGAUCCUUACACAAGUGACUUUACAUUUCCUAAAAUGCCAUAAGAAAAUGCAAUAUCUGGGUACUGUAUGGGGAAAAAUAUGUCCAAGUUUGCAUAAAACAAGUACAUUUCAGCUUGCAAGUUACUGAACACAAUAAUGCUGUUUUAAUUUUGUUUUCUUUUGCAUCAGUUAAAAUUCACAAGAAAAUAAUGUAGAUAGAACAAAUUGCAGAAGAGGAAAGAAAAAACUUGAAUGAAAUGGAUUUUACAGAAAGCUUUAUGAUAAUUUUUGAAUGCAUUAUUUAUUUUUUUGUGCCAUGCAUUUUUUCUCACCAAAUGACCUUACCUGUAAUACAGUCUUGUUUGUCUGUUUACAACCAUGUAUUUAUUGCAAUGUACAUAUUGUAAUGUUAAUUGUAAAUUAUCAGUUCUUAUUAAAACAUCAUCCCAUGAUAGGAUGGUGUUGAUAUAUUUGGAAACUCUUGGUGAGAGAAUGAAUGGUGUGUAUACAUACUCCUUGUACAUUUUUCUUUUCUCCUGUAAUAUAGUCUUGUCACUUUAGAGCUUGUUUAUGGAAGAUUCAAGAAAACUAUAAAAUACAUAAAGAUAUAUAAAUUUAAAUAACAUAGCUGCAGGUCUUUGGUCCCAGGGCUGUGCCUUAACUUUAACCAAUAUUUUCUUCUGUUUUGCUGCAUUUCAAAGCAAGGUAAUGGUGGGGUUAGGGCUGGGCAUUUAUAUCCAAGCUUUCAAUUGAUUGGAUUUCUGGCAGUAGCUGAAUUUUACAAAAUCACAAAACCUCUGACAGAUCUUGCACCUUUUCAAGAUGGAAGCUUGUAGGUACUUCUUGCUAUGGAGUGGCACUAUAUGUGUGAUAAUUAUUUCUAGAUGUAAAUGAGGAGCUACUUCAGCUAAUUAUAUUUGAUGGUUUUUUUACUUUCAAAUACUACUGGGGAAAUAUAUUUUCAUCCAGUGAUUAUUGAAGGUCUUUUUGGCUUCCACAGUUCACAGGGAAAUGAACUUGAUUGGAACUGGAGCCAUACAUCACCCAUCUUGGUUAGUCACCUGUUCCAUUAGCUCUCAGUCAUGUUAAGAGACAGUAUAAUAUAAAAGUCUUUUUUUUUAACCUUAAAAUUUUUCUUUGAUUAAGAUUUAUAUAUAUAUGCCCAAAUCUACUUAAAUGCAGUUUGGUGUGAUAUCAAUUCAAAUAUCUAAAAUUUGUUUCUGCAAAACUUAUAUCCACUUAGAAUUAUUACAUUUAACUUUGUACAGUGGCCAGUUCCUGAAAGCUGUGAAAGUGCCCCAGUGGCUAGUGUGGAACCCUCCCACGGCUGCCCGGCCCUUGGAACGUGUGACUUAUCAGUGAAAGGAGAGAUUGUUUUUCUAGGAAAAAUGAGCCUCCUAUUGUUUUAUUUUAUUUUAUUUUUUGACACAAACUGUAGAUUUUAGCAGCCCUGGCCCAAAGGAAUUUAAUUACUUUUGUUUUAAACAGUACAAAGGGGACACUAUAAUUACAAAAUACAUCCUUACUGAAUUUAGUUGUUUUUAAAUUUUGUUUCUUUGGAUAUGUUUUCAGAGUGGUCAAUUGUGUGUGAGCAUUACAAAUGAUGAUUCUUUUAGUGGUUUCUUAGCCUCUCUUACAGCCCAUGGGGAUAGUACUGUACAUCAAUACCUUCAUAUGAAAUUUUUAUAUGCAAUGAAAAUAAAAGCAUGGGUUGAUUCUGCCUA